AUGUGGUCCGACGACUCAACAGACGCAAUAGGAGGCACAGCGAAACAAAGUUGGGACUUCUAUGAUGGUUUUGCAAAACAUCGUCCCGACUAUCCGGCUUUAACCCUUUCACACGAAAUUUCUCAGGCUGGUAUAGAAGCCCUGAAGAAUGGGACGGUUGUUGAUCUGGUCAACGCAGGAGUAAACCUGCUUACCACUGCGCAAUGUAUACACGAGGAUCCUUAUGAAUAUGUCGCUUUGUAUUUAUCACAAUAUACCUUGUUUCGACUAUCUCGCAUGCUCGCUAGUGAGACUGCAGGACAUAAGUCCUCUGGGCUUGAGCAAAGUAACUUGCUUCAUUCACAGUCUCUGAACGAGUCACCAAAAGCACAACAUAUCACAGAUCAGCACCGUGGGGAGGAGGGUAUUGAAGGAAGGGAGGUUCUCGCGGAUUUGCUUCUGCGGGGCCGGGGCAGUCACGAGAAAUAUGCCCUGAGAAUAUCAAGGUCAGUGUGUAUCGAGGA